AUGUCCCUCCAAAUAUGGCCGCCGCCUCAGAGAAGACAGUUAUUAAAGAUACUAGAGGAGGCUCCACCAACACUCACCAUCAUGCAUCCUCCACCAACACUCACCAUUACACAUCCUCCACCAACACUCACCAUUAUAUAUCUUCCACCAACACUCACCAUUAUACAUCCUCCACCAAUACUCACCAUUAUACAACCUCCACCAACACUCACCAUCAUGCAUCCUCCACCAACACUCACCAUUAUAUAUCUUCCACCAACACUCACCAUUAUACAUCCUCCACCAACACUCACCAUUAUACAACCUCCACCAACACUCACCAUCAUGCAUCCUCCACCAACACUCACCAUUAUAUAUCUUCCACCAACACUCACCAUCAUGCAUCCUCCACCAACACUCACCAUUAUACAUCCUCCACCAACACUCACCAUUAUAUAUCUUCCACCAACACGCACCAUUAUACAUCCUCCACCAACACUCACCAUUAUACAACCUCCACCUACACUCACCAUCAUGCAUCCUCCACCAACACUCACCAUUACACAUCCUCCACCAACACUCACCAUUAUAUAUCUUCCACCAACACGCACCAUUAUACAUCCUCCACCAACACUCACCAUUAUACAACCUCCACCAACACUCACCAUCAUGCAUCCUCCACCAACACUCACCAUUACACAUCCUCCACCAACACUCACCAUUAUAUAUCUUCCACCAACACUCACCAUUAUACAUCCUCCACCAACACUCACCAUUAUACAACCUCCACCAACACUCACCAUCAUGCAUCCUCCACCAACACUCACCAUUAUACAUCCUCCACCAACACUCACCAUUAUACAACCUCCACCAACACUCACCAUCAUGCAUCCUCCACCAACACUCACCAUUACACAUCCUCCACCAACACUCACCAUUAUAUAUCUUCCACCAACACGCACCAUUAUACAUCCUCCACCAACACUCACCAUUAUACAACCUCCACCAACACUCACCAUUAUACAACCUCCACCAACACUCACCAUUACACAUCCUCCACCAACACUCACCAUUAUAUAUCUUCCACCAACACGCACCAUUAUACAUCCUCCACCAACACUCACCAUUAUACAACCUCCACCAACACUCACCAUUAUAUAUCUUCCACCAACACGCACCAUUACACAUCCUCCACCAACACUCACCAUCACACAUCCUCCACCAACACUCACCAUUAUACAUCCUCCACCAACACUCACCAUUAUACAACCUCCACCAACACUCACCAUCAUGCAUCCUCCACCAACACUCACCAUUACACAUCCUCCACCAACACUCACCAUUAUACAUCCUCCACCAACACUCACCAUUAUACAACCUCCACCAACACUCACCAUCAUGCAUCCUCCACCAACACUCACCAUUACACAUCCUCCACCAACACUCACCAUUACACAUCCUCCACCAACACUCACCAUUACACAUCCUCCACCAACACUCACCAUUACACAUCCUCCACCAACACUCACCAUUAUGUAUCUUCCACCAACAUGCACCAUUAUACAUCCUCCACCAACACUCACCAUUAUACAACCUCCACCAACACUCACCAUCAUGCAUCCUCCACCAACACUCACCAUUAUACAGUACAACCUCCACCAUCGUUCAACAGCCACCAACUCCCGCCAUUAUACAACCAACACCAUCACACAUACUCCAACACUCACUAUUAUGCAACCUCCACCAACACUCACCAUUUUACAACUUCCACUGUAG